GCUUAAAGCAAUCCGAUUACGACCUGCGACAUUACCUUCAUCGGAGAGAUUUCUUGAUACAGAGAAGAGAGAGAUGGCUGAAGCAGCGAGAAGACAAGGUGGUGGGAGGCCAUUGCCGCCUCCGCCGAGAGGCGCUAACCAUCCUCCUCGCUCAAAAUCCGAACCUGUUGAUCGUGAAAAGACAUGUCCCCUGCUUCUUCGUGUUUUCACCAAGACUGGUGGUCAUCAUAGCAAGGAAGAUUAUGCUGUUAGAGGCAAAGAACCGAAGGAUGAAGUUCAAAUCUACACAUGGAAAGAUGCCAGUCUCCGCGAGUUAACAGAAUUGGUCAAAGAAGUUUCUGUAGCAGCUAGGAGAAGGGAUGCAAGAUUAUCUUUUGCGUUUGUUUAUCCACUCAAGAACGGUCGCUUUGCCGUGAGACAGGUUGGUCAGACGAUGUCUUAUCCAAACCGAAAACAACCAGACGACAGUAAAACUCUCGCUGACCUUGAUUUCGAGAUUGGUGAUUAUCUGGAUGUGGCAAUCUACUAGGAGGAGGAGGUUUCUGUAUCUCGUUAAGUGAGAUUUUUAGGUGUGUGCGCACAAGGGAAGAAACACAUGAAUUUUAUGGUUGUUCGCAUUUCAAACUUUGUUUAGACAUGUUAUGUAUCUUGGGAUCUGGUCUGCUCUAAUGGUUUAGUAAAAAUACCCCUACUUUUUUGUUAA